AUGGAGACUGAGUAUUACAAGCAGGCGUUGGAGGAGUACAAGGAGUUGAAGGAAGAGCAAGGGGAGGCCGCAGGGGAGACGGAAGGGGAGACGCAGGAUGGGUCGCCCGAUGACUGGGACAAGCGGAUUGACGACACAGGGUGCUACGUGGAGAAUAUGGCACUGCAGUUGUGUCAUGCGGAGACGGGGGACUGGAGGCAGUGUAUGGACGAUAUGGCCCGGUUUAGAGAUUGCUGGGAGAAGAACGGGAACAGGGAGCGUGUCAGUACAGUGGACAAGACCUUGUGA